UGCGGGCCGGGUUCAGUGUUGUGUAAGACAGUAGGAAUGUUUUAGCUGUUAGCUCCGGAGUCUGGGGAUAAUAUGUGUGAUAUAGUGAUUUAUAAAGCUUUAAUAAACCCCGUGCUGCUGUUGUGAGCGCCGUACUGUAACUGGGAACCAGUCCGAACAGGUCUGAGACCUGGGCUUCUCUUGGAUGUGACCCCAAUCCCAAUUGGUGGCCAUGAGUGACAGCCACCCUCUCCGACCGCUGAGCUCCGCAGCUGAGAUCGACCACCUGCACCUACUCUCCGAGCAGUUGGGCGCAUUAGUGCCAGGUGAAGAGUACAGUGAUGUCACCUUUGUGGUGGAGGAGAAGCGAUUUCCUGCACACAGAGUGAUUCUGGCAGCUCGCUGUCAAUACUUCAGAGCUCUGUUGUAUGGCGGGAUGAGGGAGUCUCACCCUCAGGCUGAGGUGCGUUUGGAGGAGACUCAUGCAGAAGCUUUCUCCAUGCUCCUGCGGUAUCUUUACACCGGCAGAGCCAGCCUGAGCGACGCUCGAGAGGAAACCCUGCUGGACUUUCUAGGCUUGGCGCACCGCUACGGCCUCCAGCCCCUGGAGUCCUCCACCUGUGACUUCCUGCGUACGCUGCUAAACACCAGAAAUGUGUGCUUGAUAUUUGACGUGGCCAGCCUGUACUGUCUGAGGGAUUUGGCUGAGGCCUGCUGUGCCUACAUGGACCGCCACGCUGUAGAGGUGCUGGAAACGGACGGCUUCCUUUCCCUUUCAAAGACUGCGCUCCUAACAGUAGUCAGGAGAGACUCGUUCGCUGCCAGCGAGAGGGAAAUCUUUCAGGCACUCUGCCGCUGGUGCAGACACAAUGGAGACGGAACAGCCUCACAGGAAGUGAUGUCAGCUGUGCGGCUGCCCCUGAUGAGCCUGUCUGAGAUGCUGAACGUGGUUCGUCCGUCCGGCCUCCUCAGCCCAGAUGACCUUCUGGACGCCAUACAGACGCGCUCAGAGAGCAGAGACAUGGACCUGAACUACCGCGGCAUGCUCAUCCCAGAGGAGAACAUUGCCACUAUGAAGCAUGGAGCUGUGGUGGUGAAGGGCGAGCUGAAGUCUGCUCUGCUGGAUGGAGACACUCAGAACUACGACCUGGACCACGGUUUCUCCAGACACCCCAUAGAGGAGGAGGGCCGAGCCACUGGCAUCCAGAUCCGCCUGGGCCAGCCCUCCAUCGUCAACCAUAUUCGGAUGCUGCUGUGGGAUAAAGACAGCAGAUCCUACUCCUACUACAUCGAGGUCUCUAUGGAUGAGCUGGACUGGGUGCGUGUGGUGGAUCACUCCAAGUUCCUGUGUCGCUCAUGGCAGAACCUCUAUUUCCAAGCACGUGUCUGCAGGUUUAUCCGUGUGGUUGGGACGCACAACACUGUCAACAAGGUCUUUCAUUUAGUGGCUCUGGAGUGCAUGUUCACACAGCGAUCUUUCAUCUUGGAGAGUGGCCUUCUUGUCCCCAGUGAGAACGUUGCGACAGUACAGGCAUGCGCGAGUGUGGUGGAAGGAGUGAGCCGCUGUCGCAAUGCCCUGCUGAAUGGGGACACCAACCACUAUGACUGGGACUCGGGCUACACCUGCCACCAGCUGGGCUCGGGGGCUGUCGUCAUCCAGCUGGCUCAGCCUUACAUGCUCAACUCCAUGCGGCUGCUGCUGUGGGAUUGUGAUGAGAGGAGUUAUAGUUACUAUGUGGAGCUGUCCACUAACCAGCAGCAGUGGGUCCGAGUGGUGGACCGCACCCGAGUCGCCUGCAGGUCAUGGCAAACGUUACGCUUUGAGCGACAGCCUGCUUCCUUCAUUCGCAUUGUGGGUACGCACAACACAGCCAAUGAGGUUUUUCACUGUGUGCACUUUGAGUGUCCGAUUCAGCUCGACAGAGACGUCAAAGAAGGCAGUCCCGGACCGGACCCAUCCGACCUGGACUACAGUUCCCAGCAUGCUCAGCAAUCCCGUCCUCAGGGCCUGCCCCAGAGACCCUCCACAUCAUCUUUGCACUCAUAAUAAUGUGAUUUAUUGUUCAGCUGUUUGCUCAGACAUGCACAUUUAUAACGAAGCACCUGAGGCACUCGCGUAUUCAGUUUGUGUUCUAGCGUUUUAUGUGUUGCUGUUGUGUAUAUAAGAGAGUUACGGUGAUGGCAAUGAAGAUUUUAGUAUUUAUUAAGCAGAUCGUAAAAAUCAAACGUGAAUCAAACUGAAAAUUUCUUUACAACUGAUUGUGAGUGAUUAAACUCAAUUAAAAACUGUGAGAAUUUUA